AUGCCAGUGAGCCUGGCGGUGGCGGACUGCCUCGUGCUGGUGGCGUCGGUGCCCAACGAGAUCCUCAGCUACUACCUGGUGGGCAACCAGUGGCUGUGGGGCGACGUGGGCUGCGCCGCCUUCGUCUUCUGCCAGAACCUCGGCAUCAACGCCAGCGCGCUCAGCCUGGUCGCCUUCACCGUGGAGCGCUACAUCGCCAUCUGCAGUGCGCCCUGGCUGGCGCUGACGUCGACGCGGCCGCUGCGCUACCGCGGCCUGCCCGAGCUGCGCGCCUGCGACUUCCGGCUGCCGCGCGCCCAUUACCUGCUCUACUUCUUCUGUGACCUGCUCGCCUUCUACGUGGCGCCGCUGCUGCUGUCCUGCGUGCUGUACGCGCUCAUCGCACGCGCCCUCUUCCGCCGCGGCGCCGCCUCCGUGGUGAAGAUGCUGGCGGCCGUGGUGGUGGUGUUCGCGACGCUGUGGCUGCCCUACCGCGGCCUCCUCGUCUACAACUCGUUCGCCACGCUCUUCUCCGGCACCAAGUACAUGGACCUGUGGUUCCUGCUGUUCGCCAAGACCUGCGUCUUCAUCAACAGCGCCAUCAACCCAAUCCUGUACAACGCUAUGUCUGGCAAGUUCCGGCGCGCCUUCCCGGGGGCGGCCGCCGGGGGCAGCGGGCGCGCCUGCACGUCCGCCUCCAGCUCGGCGCGCCGCUCCAGGCAGACCACCGUCUCCAGUGACGGCGUGCCGCAGCAGCAGCAGCAGCCUCAGGUCCAGCAGACAGCGCUCUGA